AAAGCACUAGUUGAUAGUAAAGUCUGAUGCUCUUUAGUAAAAUAUAAACUGUUAAUGGAAACUUUAGGCUACUAAAAUGGACCAAGAUAUAAAAAUACUAUAAGUUUUCUCAUAUGUUUAUUUCCUGUACUACUUGAGUGUUACUGACGGUAGCCAUGCAAUUUUCUUAUCAUUGUUACAUAGAAACGACGGAAUGAUCUUCUCCAGUUAAUGAUCGACUCUCAGAACACCAAUGUCGACGUUAGGAAGGUUACCGGGAGUCAACUAACUGCUGGAGACGAAACACACAAAUCAAUCCCUGGCGCAAGUACAAAUGGUUCCAAGAGUGGAUUAACGGACGAUGAAGUGGUGUAUAAUGCUUUCCUGGCUUUAGUAGCAGGUUAUGGAACAACUAGUUCUGCUCUUGGUUACACCACACAUCUACUGGUGCAACAUCCUGAAGUGCAGGAAAAAAAUCAGACAAGAGGUAGACGAGCUUGUUGAAAAGGAAGGAGAAAACUUGGACUACGUGUCUGUUCAUAAACUGCGUUACCUGGAUCAGGUUUUCAGCGAAAGUCUUCGGGUUUAUCCACCAGUUUACCUAUUUUCUCCUGAUAAUCACAACCGCAAUCCACUUGCUUGGCAGCCAUUUGGAUAUGGACCUAGAAACUGUAUUGGGAUGAGAUUUGCUCAGUUGGAAGCCAAGAUGACCUUAGCUAAAAUGGUUCAGAAGUACUUCUUGAGGCCUUGUGAGAAAACUGAAAAGAAACGACGGAAUGAUCUUCUCCAGUUAAUGAUCGACUCUCAGAACAUCAAUGUCGACGUUAGGAAGGUUACCGGGAGUCAACUAACUGCUGGAGACGAAACACAUAAAUCAAUCCCUGUCGCAAGUUCCAAGAGUGGAUUAACGGACGAUGAAGUGGUGUAUAAUGCUUUCCUGGCUUUAAUAGCAGGGUAA